GAGGUCCUUUGAGCUAGAACCAGCUCUGGUCCCAGUCGUGUUGGUUCACUGAGAUUGAUUCUGGAUACAUUCCCCUUGUUUACGAACCUGUGAUUGCUUUUGUUGGUAUCUGUGUACGCCCUUGAGACCCUUCACGCCUGCAUUUCCCUUCAUUCCAUUGUCAACACGACCCAUGAAGGGAAAAGGGGGGAAAACUUGGUGGUAAAGGAGGUUCCUGUCCUUCAUCCCUUCUCUUUUACUUCUUCUUUCUUGACCAGGGAAACGAGCAUUCAGUGGAGCCACAUCUAACAAAUAAACAUCACUCUCAACAUGGGGAAGAAACUCUAUAAAUGUUCUGAAUGUGGAAAGAGCUUUCGUUACCAGUCCUUACUCCAGCGACAUGAAAGAACUCACACUGGGGAGAAACCCUACACAUGCUUGGAAUGUGCAAAGAGCUUUUCUUGCAGUACAAAGCUGCGUUUACAUCAAAGGAUCCACACUGGGGAGAAACCCUAUAGAUGCUUGGAGUGUGGAAAGAGCUUUGCGUACAGUGGAAGUCUGUGUUCACAUCAGAAAACUCACAGUAGGGAGAAACCCUAUACAUGCUUGGAGUGUGGGCAGACCUUUGCUUGGAGUGAAAGUCUACGUGCACAUCAGAGGAUCCACACUGGGGGAAAACCCUAUACAUGUGUGGAGUGUGGAAAGAACUUCACUUGCAGUGGAAGUCUACGUUUACACCAACGGACUCACAAUGGGGAGAAACCGUAUACAUGCCUGGAGUGUGGAAAAAGCUUUUCGUUGCGUGGAAAUUUGCGCACACACCAGAAAACUCACACUGGGGAGAAACCUUAUGCAUGCUUGGAGUGUGGAAAGAGCUUUCUGUACAGUGGAAAUCUGCGUACACAUCAGAGAACUCACACUAGGGAGAGACCCUAUACAUGCACAGAGUGUGGAAAGAGCUUCACUCAGAGUGGGAGUUUACGUCUACAUCAACGGACCCACAGUGGAGAGAAACCCUAUGCAUGCUUGGAGUGUGGAAAACGUUUUACUCAGAGUAGGAAUCUGCAUUCACAUCAAAAAACUCACACUGGGGAAAAACCCUAUACAUGUCAGGAGUGUGGGAAAAGCUUCUCUGAGAAAUACAAUUUACGUUCACAUCAAAAAACUCACACUGGAGAGAAACCCUAUCAGUGCACCGAGUGUGGUAAGAGCUUCAGUCAGAGUGCAAAUCUGCUUUUACACCAAAGGAUCCACACUGGGGAGAAGCGCUACAAAUGUCUGGAGUGUGGAAAGAGUUUUGGGCAGAGUGGGACCCUCCGUAAACAUCAAACAACCCACACUGGGGAGAAACACUAUAAAUGCCUGGAGUGUGGAAGGAGCUUUUCUUUUAGUGCAGUUCUGCGUUCACAUCAAAAGACUCACACUGGGGAGAAACCAUAUAAAUGCGUGGAGUGUGGAAAGAGCUUUGCGCAGAGUGGGACCCUACGUAAUCAUCAAAGACUUCACACUGGAGAGAAACGCUAUCAGUGCUUAGAGUGUGGAAAGAGCUUCAAUCACAGUAUAGGUUUACGCUUACAUCAGAGGAAUCACACUGGGGAGAAACCCUAUACAUGUGCUGAAUGUGGAAAGAGCUUUAGUCGAAAGAGCUCUCUGCGAUAUCAUGAGAAAAGUCACACUGAGGAAAAACCCUAUACAUGCCUGGAGUGUGGAAAGAGCUUUGCUCAGAAGGGGGCCCUGACUGCACAUCAAAUCAUUCACACUGGGGAGAAGCCCUAUAUAUGCUUGGAGUGUGGAAGGGGCUUCUAUAAUAAUGGAAAUCUGCGUAAACAUCAAAGGACUCACACUGGAGAGAAACCCUAUCAAUGCCUGGAGUGUGGAAAGAGCUAUACCGAGAAUGGGAGCCUACAAACCCAUUUACGAUCUCACACUGGGGAGAAACCCUACACAUGCCUGGAGUGUGGAAAGAGCUUUGUGCUGCAUGCAAGGCUUCAGGAGCAUCAAAGAACUCACACUGGGGAGAAGCCCUACAAAUGCCUAGAGUGUGGCAAGAGCUUCCUUCGGAGUGGACAGUUACGUAAACAUCAAAGGGCUCACACUGGGGAGAAGCUUGCCUAUACUUGCCUGGAGUGUGGAAAGAGCUAUACUGAGAAUGGGAGCCUACGUAGACAUCAAAGAACCCACACUGCAGAGUGUGGAAAGAGCUUCACUCAGAGUGGGAGUUUACAUCUACAUGAACAGACUCACCUUGGGGAGAAACCAUAAACAGGCAGUCCUAGGGUGGAAACAGGAUCCGUUCGAUGGAUUUGCUCUUCAGUUGAUUUUGUAUGUAAGUCAGAACAGAUCCAUUUUAAAGUAUAGUUUUAGCCAUUAUGGAAGUUUUGUUAGUGUAUACUGAAGGGUUAACACCCCUGCAACGUUCCCUUUGCUGUCUGUGCUCUUGUUCAGGAGAUUCCCCCUCACUUUGUGGCUUUGUGAGAAUUGGAUUUUGACCCAAGAGGUGGGAGGAUGUGCAGGAAAUGGCUUGGGAACACAAGGGAGCCAAAAAGAGGAACCAAAGAGUGUUUGAGAACAGAAUAGAGACACAGGCAAGAAGCUGAGAAAGGGGAAAUUACAGGCAGAAGGGGGAAAGAAGGUUUGAUGUCAUGGGUGUGUUUGCAUCAAUUGAGACUACAAAACCCAUGAUCCAGAGACAGUCAAACAUGGCACUCGCUUGACUUGAUUGGAAACACGCCUUAGUUACUCUGCAAGCUUAAAGAUUGUAAUUUCUCGAUUCCUCAUCUGAAUUGGAAAGUGAAAAGAACUAGGCAUGUCAGGGGCACAGAGCACCAACACCUGGGAGUCCUGCUUGGUGCAAUGACCGUGGGUGAGUGAGUAGGUGGUGUCAUGUUGCCUUGGCUCUGCCUUAUUUAGGUAAAGAUGAAUCAAACUCCCAGUUUUAUCAACAGUUUAAUUAAAACAGCACUUAUUUUCCUGGCUGUUUUAAUAGACCAAAAUAUAAAACACAAAGAUAGCAUUCAGCUACAGAAUAAACAAAAA